AUGUUUAUCGAUAAUUUGGUAUUCAACCUUGCACCAUCUUCAAAUCAUUAUAGAUACAGUGAAUCUAUUAAAAAAUUUGCCAUAUGCGUAUAUGUUCUUGGUGGUAAACAACGUUAUGAAUUUGUUCGUUUAAAUAUGAGUGGUAGUAUACCAGUUCUGCCAACAGUUUUAGAUUUAAUAAAUAAAUCUGAUAUGACUUUAACUGAAGCAGAAUUCAGAUUUAACUCACUUCAACAAUUUCAAUCAGGUUUUGGAUUUUGUUCUGAAGGUACUACUGGUGUUAUUCCUAAAGUUGAAUACGAUUCGUCGACAAACUCAUUCAUUGGAUUUACAACACCAACUAUUGAUGGUAUUUCGUUGAUGAAACAUUAUGAUGCUGAUACAUUUGAUGACUUUAAAACAAUUUAUAAUACCAAUGAAACAGCACCAUUAUUAAAUAUACAUAUGUUUCAAAGUAUAUCAACAGAAGAUGAUCCAACAAAUUUUCCGAAACCAAUUUUACUCUCUGCUUACGGCGUUGACAACAAAUUUACAGCUUUGGAUAUUUUACGCCUAUGGAUAUAUUUUUUUGAACGUUGUUUAGAUAAAGAUGUUCGUAUUAUCGGAUUUUCUACAGGUGCAGAUAACAAAUACGUAAGUGCCAUGCAUCUUGCAAAUCCGGUACACAUAGUUACCAAAUGGCGUAAUCGAUUGCUAUCACCAACAACGGAUUUAUAUAUUGGGAAUGUUAAAAUUAGUAUGCCACAUAUAGAACAACUAAUCAAUAAUAAUAGUUAUACAAAAUUAGAUCAUGGUUUGAAGAAAAGCGAUAUUAAUCCUAAAGAUCGCCAAAAUUAUAAUUCGUGUAUUAAACAUAAUCAAUUAGAAAAUGAUCUAUCAUUUCCCAUACAUCACAAACGCAAACACGAAUCUUCAUUACCAUCAUCACAUCAAUUAGAUGAUAUUGAUACCUUAGAUAUUCAAAAAUUAAUAUCAAAUGCAUAUGAUCAAGCAUUACGUCUUGUUAAACACUCAAAAAUAUUAGAUAAAUUAAAUGAGCAUAAAAUAAAUUGUUUAAAUGAUCUUAGUAAUUAUAUCUUCAACGUGUUAAAUAAAAAUUCAAGAAUGAUUAAUUAUUCUUUCCGAACAGAAAAUAACACCAGUGAAGAGUUUGGAUUGGAUGAAGAGAAUGAUGAUAACGAUGUUGCAGUAAAUUAUGCACCGAACCAACUUAUUGAUGAAAUUCCAUUUGAUCCUCAAAACGACGAUGUUAGUGGUGAUGAUGGAAGUAUAUUAAAUUCAGCAAAAUCCGAUUUUAAUGGAAUAAGAAUAGUUGACAAUAUUAAUCCAGCACUAAGACAAUCAUAUUUCAAGGUCAAAAUAAAUAACAAUAUUAAGUAUCUUCACAAACAAUCGGCCUGCUGGUUGCAAUCGAACCAGAUAAUGAAAUUAUCAAGUGAUCGUUUAUCUCGUGUCAUGUAA